GCUAACCCAACACAGUCUUCAGAAAAGCUAAGCCCAACAAAAUACCACACCACACCAGUUAAGCGCCGCCGUCUAGCCGGAAGCACCGUAUCUGUGGUGAUCGCACGUUAAAAUUCUCGAAAUCUAAAACCCUUCGUUCUCUUCAUUUCUUAGCCCUUUGAAGUUUGAACGGUGUGAAAACAGUAAGGAAGAAGCUGAAAAUUGGUAUAAUCUGAGAGUAGAAAGAACAAAGAGGAGAAAAUGAACAAGGAUAAGAUCUUCAAGCUAGCGAAGGGGUUCAGGGGUAGAGCCAAGAAUUGCAUAAGGAUAGCAAGGGAGAGGGUUGAGAAGGCCUUGCAAUAUUCCUACAGAGACCGCCGUAACAAAAAGAGGGACAUGCGAUCCCUUUGGAUCCAAAGGAUCAAUGCUGGUACCCGCAUUCAUGGGGUCAACUAUGGGAACUUCAUGCAUGGGCUGAUGAAGGAGAAUAUCCAACUUAACAGAAAGGUUCUGUCAGAGAUAUCUAUGCACGAACCCUAUAGCUUCAAGUCUUUGGUAGAUAUAUCACGAAAUGCAUUUCCCGGAAACAAGAAUGUGGUGAUUCCUCCUAGAAAGGUGGCCUUUUAGAGCAUGUGGCACUUUAGCAAACAGUUAGUGGUAGUUUAUGUUCCAAUCUUGAACUAUCUUUUGAUUUGGGUGUAGUACACUACACAUUGCUAUCAAUUUCAAUUGCUUGUUAUUCACAAACUCGUGUACUUUUUAACUACAUGAUCCUACUCCUCCGCUACCCCUUUCAAUUGCUUUGGUGUCGGAAACAUUGUACAAUAAUAAACCUUGAUCCCAACUACGAUUGGUUUUAUGGAUCU